CUCAUGUUCUCUGACUGCUGAAAAUAGCCAGGGAUCUGGACCUCCUGCUGUUGUCACUUUCACUACAGAAGAAGAUUAUAUGUAUUUUCAGCUACGACUCACGAGUGUACUUCCAUGCUCUGAAGUAAUAGCUACUCUUACAGAGCAGAAACUGGAGGAUGUUGAAACCAAAAUCAUACAGAUAUUAUUGAAAGCAGGAUGCACCGAAUGUAGUAGUGAUACAUUGGACGAACAGUCGUUUUCCUGUUUUGAGGAAUCUCCAUCAUUCCUGACAUAUCGAGCCAGACUGGAGGGAACCUCAGAGACAGACAGUAGCUCCCUCAUCUCUCUGAUAGAGGCCUGGGUGAGAGGAGGCGGGGCCAGCGUCAUUGUGGCUGGAGUACUCAUGACUAUCAAUGCUAACUGCUCAGUGGCAAUUACUUCUCCCAGUGAAUCAGAGUGCUCCUACACCCCUCCACCUUCUACCCAUGCAGUUUGCUCAUCUUCUAACAACACUCCUUCAGUAGUUGCAGGAGUAGUGGUUGUUAUUGUUGUCAUCCUGAUAGCUGUUACAACUAUUAUUUCUACAACAAUAGUAUGGAAGAUUCGCCAGAGGGGUGGUGUCACUGGUGUACCAACCAAGAUCAAUGAGCAGCCCUAUAACAGAGGUGGUAGCUCCAGCAACAGAGCCUAUGAGAUGAAGGCCCCACAGCAGGAGUACGAACCAAUGGAAAGUGACACGGGCAAAGUUCCGACUACCAACAAAGAGUCUCACGAAGGCACCCUUCCAGAAACCACUACUGAGGACGAGUCUUAUGAAGUAACCCUCCCUCCCAUCCGGAGCUCUUCUCACGGGGCAGCAGAGGAUGUGUAUUAUGAGACCAUCUCUGCAGAAAACUGACUGUAAUUACCUGAAACCCUCCUUAAGCCUGUUAGGACACACCCCUUGGAUUGCCUCGAAUUACAUAAGACUCUUACCUGUAAACCAUAGUGCUGUGUAUGCUUUUUUCUUUGGCAAUAUUCGCAUGUAGGUCAACCCCUUCAUUGACUUUGUAAAAUUUUAGUCUUACUGUACACCUUCAUUUUCACGUAGUUUCUCUGGUGAUUUUGGACAUAAAUGGUGACGUAUUUCAGUUCCUACAGUAUGUAGUAUAUAAUAUAAUUAUUAUACC